CUCUCUUGAUCCUCUCCCACUCACCGUCGCAAUCAUGAACAACGAUCAAUUUCGCAGGCUCCUGCUGGCCAACUCGGCCAAAUCUAAAGCCGACAAAAAUGGCGCCUCUCCGACCGACGCCCGCCCAGUCUCGAACACUCCCGCCGCACUCGGAUCCAGGCUCAAGUCGAGCAUUCCCAUGACGCCGCGCUCCGUCGCCGGCGCUCGCGUGGACUUUGCCAAGCAGCUCGCAGAACGGAACCAGGCGCCAGAGAAGUCACAGAAAAAGUUCAGGUCUUUUGCGCCUAAGGGUAGCAGGUUCGCCGAGGGAUACGUCGACCGCUCCAGGACAAGGGAAGAGGAGGAAGACGAACGGGCCGAAAGGCUCAAGGCUUUGGAAGAGUCGCUCAAGAAGGAAGAGAUUGACCGCGAGACAUACGACCGGCUACGGAGCGAGAUCGCGGGUGGCGACCUGUCGAGUACGCAUCUGGUGAAGGGGCUCGAUUUCAAGUUGCUGGAGAGGAUACGAAAGGGAGAGGAUGUCUACAAUGAAAAGGAGGAGUCACCCCAGGCGGAGAAGGAGGAGGGUGAAGAGGAGGAGCCACAAGACGAGCUAGGGGCGGACCCGGACGACUUUCUAGAGCAGUUGGAAUCCACCGAAGUCAAGGCGAUCGAGAAGGAGAAGGUACAAAAGAAGGGCCAGUUCGCCCCCACCACACUCAACCCGGGUCAAAAGAGGUCGCGGAACCAAAUAUUGGCUGAGAUGAAAGCCGCGAGAGCGGCGGCGGCGAAAGCGAAGGAGGAAUCAAGCUUGGGUUCCAAGUUCAAAAGAAUCGGGGAGAAGAAGACACCCGGGACUAGGAUAGAGAGGGACAGCAAAGGCCGCGAGGUCAUGAUCAUCGUAGACGAAGACGGACACGAAAGGCGGAAAGUGAGGAAAGUGGACCUCAAGGCUGAGGAGGAGUUGGAGAAGGAACGGGAGCUCCUGGCCUCGAGCAAGGUGCUCGGCAUGGAAGUGCCCGAGUUCUACAGGAAACAACUGGAGGCGCAACAGGCUGAGGAGGACGGCAAGGAGGUAAACAUUUUCGACGAUGCCGGUUCCGACUACGACCCGCUAGCCGGUUUAGAGGAAUCAGACGGGUCUUCAGAUGAAGAGGGUGAGACCAAGGACGAAGCGGAAGCGAAGGCAUCAGCAGAGAUGCCUCCGCCACCAAAACCGAACGCUCCAGCCGCGAGGAACUACUUCAAGGACUCCAAGACGGCGCUCACGUCAGAAGACAAGUAUAAGACGCCGUCACUGGAUGACCCGACUUUCAUGGCAGCCCUCAAAAAGGCCAAGGCGGCCAGCGCCAUGGAGAAGUCGGAAGAAGAGAAGAAGGCUGCCGAGAGGGAGGAGCGUCUCAAGAAGAAGCUGUUGGAUUCAAACCGCGAUGAUGAAGACAUGGACCUCGGCUUUGGCUCGAGCCGAGUGGAGGAUGAAGCGGACUCCGAGGAGACCAAGGUCAAGUUAUCGGCUUGGGGUGGGGGUGACGAUGAAGAAGAAGGCGGUGGCGGUGGCGGCGGUAAGUCGCAGCGGAAGAGAGGUGGGAAGAAGCGAAAGGGGGACAAGAAUAACUUUGAGGAUGUUAUGAAGGUGAUGCAGAGGCAGAAAGGGGGUGGGUGAUGGACUGACUGCCCCCGAGUCCAACAAAUGCAAACAUACCUAAUGAGUUUGUGAGGAUCUCUCCAGACAACCACUACAACCACUUCUCAUAAAUACCUAAAUGCAAACAAAUGAAUGACCA